GCCGAAUGCUCGCGCAAGAACAGCCUACACUCCAAAAUCGAUUGACACGAGACAUAUGCUUUGUUGAACCUGAUAUUUAGAGAACCUCGAUCUUGCAAUGGCCUCGAUCUACGCCCCUUUGCACAGCGAUGGCCGCAAAUUCCGCCUCCUGGUUCUCGAGCCCUCCCCUGACCGCCAGGCUCCUAUCCGAUGCCAGCUGAAACAGUCAUCCUUUGACAAUGCCAUCCCGGAGUAUAAGGCUCUGUCCUAUACCUGGGGCGACCCGCUGGUGACCACACCAAUAUCUGUGAACGACGCGGAGAUACAGAUCACCGUGAACCUGGAAGCAGCCUUGAGGCAUAUACGAAAUGCAUCAGAUGCAAUCACCAUCUGGGUUGAUGCGCUGUGUAUCAACCAGACAGACGUGGCCGAGAAGAACCACCAGGUCGAAAUGAUGAGGGAUAUCUACUCCGGUGCUGAGCUCGUCAUCGCUUGGUUGGGCAGUGCUAGUGAGGACAGCGACCUCGCCAUGGAAAUAUUAUCAACAGGACUGGACGCGUGGAUGGAGAGUGAAGGGAGCCAGCGCAGCUCGACCCAAGAGGAUGAGCUACAGUACCAAAGCAGCACAAGCUCCGAGUCGGUUCUCAACAAUGAAUGGAGCGUUCCCGCACCUGUUGGUGAAGAAGGCCUCGCCCCUGCCCCAGCUUGGGUUACUGCUUCAGAGCUCGGUCAGGAGAUGAUGGAUCUCCAGCUCCCAAAUUCUGCACCAGAAACGGUUCCCGGGGCGACCAGUGCCUUUUCUGGGGAUUUAUAUGGGCAUCAAGCCCAGUCUGUGAUCUUGGGUCAUCCCAGCAUCUCUCCGUUUGGUCCAAGCUCCAGCAGUAGCGAUGACGACUCCGAGGAUGAAAUGUUGGAGUUCGUCGACAGAAAAUUAGAAAGAUUGCCGCAGUGGGAGGCACGUUCUGUGAUAAGAUUGCUGGCACGAAGCUGGUGGUCCAGGAUAUGGGUGGUUCAGGAGGUUCUACUGGCGAAGAAAUUUGUUUUGAGGUGCGGCGACGCCGAGGUUCCUGGAGAAAUUAUGCGAGGCGACGUUGCGCGCCUGUUGCUAGUGGCGAGGGUCGAUCGUGUGGACAUCCCUCGCUACUCGGCCGGCGUCAUUUUACUUGAUCAUAUCGGCACUUGGAAGGAAAAACACUAUACCUUGGACGAGUUGCUAUUCCGGUACAGAGCGAGAAAAGCUACCAGACCACACGAUCAUAUUUACGGCCUUUUGGGCAUCAUACCAAACGAAGAUAGGGACCUGAUUGGAGCACCGGACUAUGAAUGCCGGGUGGAAGAUCUUUUCAUCGGCAUUGCGAAGAAGCUGAUGCUGCGGGACAACUCUGUGGCACUGCUUGUGGAGGCUGCAGACACCUCGCCCGCAUCACCGUCUUCGACGAUAACUGGGUUGCCUUCUUGGGUUCCUGAUUGGACGCGGCCGCGCUUCAGCAGGAAUGUGUCAGCGGUGGAUCUGAGAAACCCUUUCUCGGAAGCUGAGUACUACUUUUCUGAAGACUGCAAGCGGCUGAUGCUCAAGUGCUUCAAGAUUGGAAAGAUCGAAAGUGUGAAACCAGUGCCUGCGUUAUUAGCUCAGGGGCAAAUGCCCAUGUGGCAAAAUUCGCCAGAAACAACAGACAAGCGAUCACCGCCCCUCCAGGGAAUAAUCAUCGCACUGUUGAUAUCUUGCUGGAUGCCAGGCCUUGAACGCUUGGACAACGAAGAAGGAUUUCAGUUCGUCGCUGCCUUCCUUCAAGAGCUUGAGGAAUACUGCAUCUACCUCGGUCGGAGUGAAGCUGCUGAGGUCUACAACAAAGGUGACUAUCUUGCGGGUUUCCUUGAAUGGACAAAUGACAGUCGAGAUGGUCGCAUUGAUGAGAAGAUUCUCGAGAAAAGGUGGUACCAGGGGAUGUCGUCUGUAUGGUUCCCACUUGUCGUGAACUUCUUGUGUUCCGAAAAGCACAGCCUUCCACACAUAUACUAA